AUGGCGGACGACCAUGCUGCGCGUCGAGCUGUGAUACCGCCAAUACUACCGCAAGAGCAACGAGAUGCGCUAGUGUACACGCCGCAGUGCCACCAGCGAUGGGGCGGGCGGCAGAUCGAGGACCGAAUAAAGACAGAAGUUGUCGACCAAUUUCUUGAGGAAUUUGCAUCGCUCCACGAGACAGAAGCGGCACUGCAAUGUCUUUUCGAGAGUAACUUUGACCAGUCCAAGGCCGUGCAACUGCUGCAUGCUGCUCGUCGCCAGCGACAGUUGGCACGACGUGAUCGGGACGAGAAAAUUGAUGCUGAAACGUUCAGAGCUGCCAUCAAGAUGCAUGGCAAGAAGUUUCACCUUGUUCAGCAAGCGCUCGAUGAUGACCGAGUGCACACCCGGGACAUUGUGAGCAAUUACUACUCGUGGAAACGAACGCCCGAGUUCCGAAAAUGGCGGCGACGUCAGAGACCGAUGAGGAAAUGCAGACAGAACAAGAAGGAGACCAAGCGUCUGCGCUUGAACGGUGAGUCGGAUGAAGACCUGGAAGCAGAGACUCUUCGAGACUAUCACGACAAAAAGUGCGGACGUUGCACUACUGGGGGUAAACUGCUUUGUUGCGAUGGCUGCACACGAGCCUAUCACUUCAGCUGCAUCGAACCUCCAAUCCUUACAAUGCCUCGAGACGACGAUGAGUGGUUUUGUCCAUACUGCCAGGCGGUGUUUGGCGGUACGAAGCCCAAGAUGGUGCCGAGCGACGAGAAUGAGUACUGCCUAGUGUGUCUUCCAUUCCCCCAUGUACCGCAUACGUUAGUUGACGUGUCGACGGACGGCAGUAGUGAUGAACAAGAAGUCGAUGAGGCAGAAGGGCAUUCGGGUCACAGCAGCGACGCGGACGCCAGUUCGAGAUCGAACAACGAGGAAACGAGCGACUUAAGCGCCAGAACGUCAAAUCUUCUCAGAACAGAAGAGCUGACUGCGGAGAGCGCUGAUCCUCGAAGUGCCACAACCACCAAGUCGAACGCGAGCGCCGAAAAUUUACCAUCAUCAUUGCAUGGAGCGGACGCAAUCAAGAGCAGCGACUUGGGACAUAUGCCGACGUCAGCCGAGGAAACACGUGGGCCUGAACAGCCGAGGGCACCAGCUGGCCAGCUGCGAGAUGCUUUGCCGCGGGAUGCACCGAUCAAGGUAGUAGGGCUUUUCGUUGAAGUGCCGGCAGAGGGGGCUCGUGCGCAGGCCGAAAAGCCGGUCCCAGGGCGAAAGCGCCAUCGAAAGACCUUAGCGCCACGUCGUAUCCCACCGUCUCGACUCGACAAUUGA